CCCCACCCCUUCGUCUCCACUCCACCCAAAGCACUCGAAACGCAACUCCAACUUCCCAGAUCGCAGCACCAUCACACCGCCCUAGGGCAAGGCAGGCGAGCGAGCGAGCGAGAGAGAUAGAGAGAGAGAGAGGAGUCCGGCGAUGGCGAGAUCCUUGGACGGGGAGGCCUCGUCGCCGUCGCCGUCGCUGCGGCACAAGCUGCGAACGACGGUGUGCUGCUGCUUCGGCAGGGGAGCCGGAGCCGGCGGGGAGAGGGUCAGGUGGCGGCGCCGGGCGACCACGGGGGAGUUCCGCUACGACCCGCUCGGCUACGCGCUCAACUUCGACGAGGGGGAGGACGACGGUGCCGGCGCCGACGCCGCGGCCGCCUUCCGGUGCAGGAACUUCAACUCGCGGCUGCCGCCUUCGCCGGUCUCGGCGCCCGCCCAGCGGCCCACGGCCAUCGCCAUGGCCUAAACUGCGUUGUUAUUUUUUUCUCUAAUUCUACGAUCUACUGAGCGAGCGAGUUAUGUGUAGCAGCAGCAUAGUGAAUUGUGAUAUACUCGUAGAAUCUAGGCACCUACCAAUGUGUUUAUACUAUGUAAUCAGAUUGAAGCGGCCGUGAUGAACCCUAGAAUUGGGGGAUUUGAUUUGAUUCGUGGAAAAAAAUUCUGCUUUUGUUC